CUUUAUGCGGCGGCGUUUGUUUGUCAAUGUUAACUUUUUCUGCAUGUUUUUAUCUCCUCUUGUUAGAAAUUUAGACAAUUUCACUGUUACUAUAGUAUUUAUUUUGCAUUAAUUCUGAUUUCAAAUCAAUCUAUGGUUAAAUAGUGCAUUGAUUAUGGUUGUAAAUAGUAGAAAACAUUCAUAAUAUCAUUCCUAAUUUCAACUGGCGGUUUGAUGUCGUCUUACAUUCGGUAUUUUUUUGGUGAUCCCGUUAAUGCUAGUGUAUAAAAUAAUACGUAUAUCGAGUAAAAAACUCCACUGUUAAACACAAUUGUUCACCUCAUGCCAGUAUAUUGUUUCAAUUACAAGAAAAUGCAAAUAGUUGUGUGGAAUGCUUGACUAUAGAAGAUGGACAGUCUGACAGGUGUAGGAGUACGGAACGGUGUGAAUUCAGGUGGUAGUUCAGAGCUGGCGGCCGGGGCGGCGUGCGGCUGGAUGUCGCCACUGCAGUGUGUGGCGCGGUUGUUCAGGAUCCGAUGCCGAUCCGCUUGGACCCAGCUAACUCAUUACGCGACAUCUCCACGAACCCCGUCGUCGAUGUUUUGUAUUCUGACUUACCCUUUAUAAACAACAUGGACGAAAUAUCCUAUUGGAUUUACACGAAAAGGGCGCCAUGCCUUUUAAAAUAUGAUACCUUAAACAAAAAUAGUUGCAUGAAUAAUUAUAAGAAGCCUGUGAGCAUUCACAGCAUUGAAGGUGAUAUUCCUUCACCGAAAAAGAAGAAAAGAAAGUUAUCUUUAUUGGAUGAUGGAUCUGUAUCAACUGAGAAAAAGAAUAUUUAUUUUGAUGUUUCCCGCAUUGGGAAUCAACUGGCUAUAAAGAGUCAUAAAUCGGACACGCUUGCCUCCAAUAUAGAUUUCAAUAUUAAAAGUUCUCCUAUACAGACUAAAAAGAAAAAGGCAAAACUGCAAAAACCCAAUCGGACAACUCUGUAUAAAAAAAAUAAAGUUAUUACAUCUACUCCAAAAUCAAAUAUAGCCCUUAGAAGAAGUGUACGGCGUACGGCACAGGGGCACCUGAACAAUAAUAACAUUAGGCAUCUAGAUAGCUCCUUUGAAGUACUUCAUUGCGAUCUUACUGAUGACAUUAAAAGUCCACAUGUAUUUCUAGAAGGAAAAAAUCAUGCUCCCAAGAAGUCAUUGGGAGUAGAAGAUGAUCGAAUUGUUGCCAAUAAAAAUCAUGAUGAGAAAUUUACAAAACAACCUGUCCCUAAUGACGAGUUUGAAGAUAUCAGUGAUGUAUCUGGCUUUACAGCCAAUUAUAUAAGAUCCACUAAAGUACAUUCAACUAAGACACCAAGAAAUCUUAGGAGCAAAUCUAAAUGGAAACUUAUAAAGGAGUCACCUUGUGACAUCUUGAAAGACAACACAAAAACAAUAGUGUGCAUUAACAAAUCUGCCAAUACUGGAAUGCCUGAUACACCAGCCCUGAACUGUAGUACAGAUUCAUCACAAAACGUUGUUAACUUGGUGACAGUUAAGAACAAUAAGAAAACUACAAAAGUUGACAAAAGUACAUCCUUACUCAAAUUCAUGGAUUCAAAAAAUAGCAAAGCUAAUUUAUCUCCUGAGAAAUUGGAAACAAGUAAUGAUCAUAUUACUAAUCUUGAUACCUCAUUCCAAUCAAUGGACAGUGGUACAUCGAGGUAUCCCAGGAGGGUCAGAAAUAAUUCUGCUCACAUUACAGUGCCUAAAACAAUAAAUAUUAGUAAUUCUACUAAAAACUCUCUAGAUAAAAGAAGAAGAACAAGUAAAAAUACUUUGCAGCAUAAAAAUAAGUCAGAUCGGAAGGAAAAUCCAGAGGAGACGAUUGUGUCUAAGACAAGAAGUGGGAGGAGCAUAGGCCUGGCAUUGAGGCAAUCUAAACAAUCUGUAUUAGUGGUGAGCAACUCAGUGGACCGCUCUAGUUCUGUGGUGAGCAUGAAUGUAGCUAUUACAGGUCACUCAAAUCGGCAGCAGAAUGGUUCCAAGACUAAACAUGGAAUGUCAACAAGGAACGCAGACCGUGUAAAAACACAUGUGAACAACAGUAGAUCAUUGCGGAGAGAGUCUCUGAGGGACAGGAGUGGUUUUGCUGCUUGUUUCUCGGACAGUGAUGACGGCAGUGAACCUUUAAGAGAGAAGAAGUUUUUCUGCUAGUAUAUAUGGUAGUUUAAUAGAUAACUGAGUAUUUAUUUAGUUUUCAAUGCUAUCAUACACAACAAGUGCCCACUUGCAAUAUUUAGUGUAUGCUUCCUUCAGAUGGCUCUAACAUUUGAACAGUGCCUGUAACUAAUGAAAAAAAAAAUUGUAUAAUGCUUGUACUAGCCUAGUUGUUUAUAGAUUAUCAAAUAUAACCAUCUACUGUAAUAGUAUAUAGAUGUUAAGUAUAAAUUUAACAGUGACACAAAUUCAAUUUGUGAAUAAAUUUUUUGUUUUAAAUGUGCCAUUUUUAUAUGAUUUUUACAUGCCCAUCCAUGACAACAGUUGAAUUUGUUGAGUACUUACAUACAUUAUUGUUUUUAUUCAGGUUUGUUUGAUCUGUUUGUGAUAUAUAUAAAUAUAAGUAUCAUACAUGAAUUUUUAGUAUUUGAAAUUAUACAGUGAUAUAUGUUA